AUGGCUCCCAAGUACCCCGAGUUUGAGCCACGGGGGAAUAGCUUACGACGAUGGAUGGAGCGUGCCGAUGAGCCCGGGUGCCCUAUUUCUCGGACUGAACUUACUCUCUCAAACAUGGAUCCUGACGUCUGUCAGUGGUUAAAGCCAAAAAUGAGGCUACAUUUUGGAUUGGGCGAACGGGACCAGGUGUGA